AUAUCCACCCUGUUCCGCGCUGGGUAAGAGGAAACCCUUAACUGCUCCAGCUCCAGCACAGCUUCACCCCUUCUUUUUUUCCUCCUUUCUCCUGCAUUUUUUGUUCACUCCCAGCCGACGGACGUGUGCGCGCUCAGGACCAGAAUGGCAGCAUCAUCUGCACAGAGGCCCUGCAACAUGUUGGCUUUUGCGUUGCUUCUCGUCGCCACGCUCUCAACCGCAGGGGUCACGGCGCAAGACGACGUCGUCACGACGCAGGGCGGCGCCGUCACGACGCAGGGCGGCGGCGCCACGACGCAGGGCGUUGUCACGGCGACGGUGGCGACUGUGGCGCCAGAGUCAUACGUGCGAGGAGACAUGAUGCCAAAGGCAACUGAUGCUGCCGAGCCACAGGAUCCACAGAUCGUGGUUUUCCCGACCAUGGGCUCUCCGACCGAAGCGACCGAAGCGACCACAGCAGCGGUGACGGCGACAGAAGAGGCCGGACGCCAUCACAACCAGGCCGCCGCCGCCGCCGGCGAGGGAACGGAGGUCACAGCCGAGGUUCACGUCAACACAGUGAAAAUCGUGGAGGCGGAGACUCCGGCGCCUCUGCCCGCCAGAGGCCCCAACAACAUACCACGGCUGGUGCCACAGGACGACGUCGUCUGCGUCAGCAAAGAGGCGGUCCAGGACAAAAACGCCGUCAAUCUGAAGCUCAAGGCCUCCUCCAACUGUAAAGACACCAAAGUGAAGAUUGAAAGUGUUCUGCAGGAGCUGUGUGGUGAAGACUGCAAGCUAGAUAUCUACCAAGAGGACGACUCGGACCAAAUCCUGGUGUCUGGAAAAUAUGUUGAAGAUGACGUCGCAGGCAUGGCUGACAAGUUCAACAAUGACAACAUCAAAGAUAAGACCGAUGUGGAGCAGGCGGUGCCUCGUUGGGGGAAGAACUCCAAGUUGGUGCUGGUUUCCUUGCUGCUGACUGGCCUGCUGCUGGCCGCCCUGCUGGUAGCUGCUUAUUACCUCAAGACCCACCGCAAGAACUCCAAAGGAGUCAGACUGGCCGAAUCUUUCCAGGUGGACGAGGAGAACCAGGCCAAUACCCUGGUGUCUGUGGCCCCCCUCCCCCAAGAGCCCCUCGACAAGCCGUCCGCCAACGGCGAGUCUCCGCCGGAGAAUGGGACCAACCCGGCCCCCACCACUAACGGACACUCUGCCACCCAGACUCCAGUGGCCGACACGGCGAUGUGAACUCGUGACGCCCCCCCCCCCCACACACACACCCCCUCCCGACCCACUGACCCACACAAGGCCCUCCGCCGCCUCAGAGACUGUCCACACACUGAGACAAAUUCCACACGGAUCCACCAACAAUACGGUCGCCUCCCCUCCUCUGCGCCUCUCGGGACGACGAUGAUGACGAUACUGACAAUGCCUGUAAUGUGAAAAGUUUUGGGAUCGCUGGCCUUUGCCGGUGCCCCAAAAAAAUAAAAUAAAUAAGGGGCCUACGUGCGCUGUGUUUGGUGACUGAGACUGCUCAGCGGGGCACUGACUGGGAUUUGUUAGCUGCCCUGACUUCAGUCUAGUUGUAACAAUCAUUGUAGAAUCCCCAAAUAAUGCCAAAUGUGUGCCGCCGAUUCCCGACGAAGCCGCUUGCAGCACGUGAAUUAUUAUUUCAAUCCGCAAUCGUGGCGCAAAGAAACCGCCCGAAGCCGUGCGGUUGAAAGGAGGCCAGUUUUUGUAUUGUCCUAACGAGGACCGAAGGCUCACUCAAUUGGCUUUUUAUUUUCUUCUCUAUUUGAUUAGUGAAAUGUUUGUUUUCGUAGCCUCUGUUUUUGCCUGAACCUUGUUAAGACCUAUAAAAGCCUGAGAUGGGCGACCAAGAAAGUGAUUGACAGAGAUCCGAUUUUCUCACAGGCAUGUAGGGAAUGACGCCAUCAAGCUAUUAAAAAAAUGGAAAUGUCAGUUAUUGAACUAUUAGUAUUUAACCUCACUCCUUUAGACUGAUCAGCAUUACAAACUAAGGUUAAUUGGGAUAUAUUGCAUUUCCAUUUUUGUAAUAGUGGUGGUUUUAAUAAUGACAUCGGUGUACAGAUUUGUGGUUGUUGUUUUUUUUCUUCUUUUCACUACUAUCUUUGGGAUUGAUGAAGAGCAGCAGCAUUUUUGUAAAAACAUUUUUUUUUUAGAAAAAGGGUUUUUGUUUACCAAGCUGGUAAACAAAAUCCACGCCAGGAUAUUUCUAGACAACAUAAAGCAGAUUCAGCAUUACGAAGACCGCCUUUAUCUCCUUGUUGUUAUAUAAAAAUACAAAAAAAAAUGCUUAGAUUAGUGGUACAUAUGUUUUGGGCUUCUCUAUUGAACAUCUGGCUGCUUUCAUAAUGUACUGCAUGUGUAAAUACCCCUGCUCUCUGUUAGUAGUGCCUGACUCAUAAACUGUGAUUUGUUGACAA